GCGGGUAUCCUCAAGGAGGUCAGGAUUCAUACUAUGGGGAACGUCGCGCUCCAAUACCUGCCACCCAGCGUUUUUCUGACAGAAGUUAUGAAGAUUAUGGUCAACCUCAACAAGCCCGGUCUUCUGUAGCUUCUGAAGCUUCUAUGGAUGCUACCAUUUCGCGUAUGGCAAGCAUGAAGAUUGGUGACGAUCGUAGUGCACCAAUUACAUCUCAAGGUUUAUAUACUCCACAAAGAGUAAAUUCUCCUCGUCCUCGUCCUAAUCAACAAAUGCAAGGACCCCCUCCCAAUCAACAAAUGCAGGGACCCCCUCCUAAUUACCAAAUGCAAGGCCCUCCUCCUCCUAUUCAACAAAUGCAAAGACCUCCUCCUCCUAAUCAACAAAUGCAAGGACCUCCUCCUCCUAAUCAACAAAUGCAAGGACCUCCUCCUCCUAAUCAACAAAUGCAAGGUCCCCCUCCCUUUUCACAACAAAGAGAAUAUUCUAAUUAUGGCCCCGAAGAACAAUAUUAUGGUCAUUAUCCUCAAGGUUCUGACCCUCCCGUUAAAACACUUAACCAAAACUCUCAGAAUUAUUAUAAUAAUCAAUAUCCUCCUCAGGAUUAUCAUCCCAAAGACAGUCAGGAAUAUUAUCCUCGGGGUCAAAAUUAUGAUACUGCAUCUAUAUAUACUGAAGAUUCAUAUAAUUAUUAUCCAACUCAAACUUAUGAUUAUGAUAAUGUAAGUCAAGGAACAAAUGGUUAUGAUUAUUAUCAUCGAGGUUAUCCUCCUAGUGAUGGUUAUCCUCCUAGUGAACGAUAUCCUCUUAACGAAGGUUAUCCUCCUAGUGAAGGUUAUCCACCUAGUGAAGGUUAUCCUCCUAGUGAAGGUUAUCCACCUAGUGAAGAUUAUUAUAAUGGUAUGAAUCCUCAUCAAUAUUAUCAAGAUCCAUAUUAUCAAGAUCAAUAUUAUGGUCCACCAGAUGAAUAUGGUUCUAGGUCUUAUUAUAAUCAACCUCCAAGGUCGUAUAUAGAAAAUACAAAUAGGUACUCUGGUCAAAGGAAUUCAGCUCCACCUAACAACGUAGAGGAUAAAACUUUAUAUACACCAGAAGCAAUAGAACAAUAUAGACAAAAAGUUAAAUCGACUACCGAUCCUGAUGCUUUGUUUGCCUAUGCUAAAUAUUUAAUUUCUGCUUCAGUUUCUAUUGGUAGAGAUGAUCCUGACCCAAAAAAUGCAAAAAAGAAAAAAGAUAUUUUACUUCAAGAAGCGAUUAAAUUGAUAAAACGUUUAGCCACGCAAAGUAUGGGUCGUCCUUCACAUCCUGAUGCACAAUUUUACCUUGCAGAUUGUUAUGGUAAUGGUUCAUUAGGGUUAGCUGCAGAUCUUGAAAAAGCUUUUAAUUUAUAUGAACAGGCAUCAAAAUCACGUCACCCUGCGGCUACUUAUAGAACUGCGGUAUGUUACGAAGUUGGUGGUGGAACAAAAAGAGAUCCUCAUAGAGCUGUACAAUUUUAUCGUAAAGCAGCUGCAUUAGGUGAUACUGCUGCCAUGUAUAAACUUGGAAUGAUCAUGUUAAAAGGACAAUUAGGUCAACAUGAAAAUCCACGUGAAGCUAUUAAUUGGCUUAAACGUGCAGCAGCUCAAGCAGAUGAAGCAAAUCCACAUGCAUUACAUCAAUUAGGAUUAUUACAUGCUAAACCAGAAAAUGAACCACCAAUAAUUCCUUCAUUAAUCAGAAAUGAAGGACAUGCAUUCGAAGAAUUUAAACGUGCAGCGGAUUUAGGUUAUGCACCAUCAUGUUUUAAAUUAGGAUGUUGUUUUGAAUAUGGACAGUUGGGUUGUCCUGUUGACCCUCGAGAAUCUAUUCGAUAUUAUUCACGUGCUGCCGAAAAAGGUGAUCCUAAUGCCGAAUUAGCAUUAUCUGGUUGGUAUUUGACAGGUUCGGAAACUGUAUUGAAACAAUCUGACACAGAAGCAUAUUUAUGGGCAAAGAAGGCUGCAGAUAAAGGUCUUGCGAAAGCAGAAUAUGCCGUAGGUUAUUAUACAGAGCAGGGUAUUGGUAUAAAACAAAAUCUUGAAGAGGCAAAACGUUGGUACAUGCGUGCUGCAGCACAAGGGAAUAAAAGAGCAAUGCAACGUCUUACGGAACUAAAACAUAUGGGUAGUAAAAGUCACUUAAACCGUUCAAAACACACACGAGCUCAAGCAAAUAAAGAAGAUU